UCUGCAAAAGAAAAAGAAAGAACCAUCUUCCCGCUGCUCUUUAUCAUUAUCGAGUCCUGGUCCACCACAUUCACACACACAAAACAUCUCUCUCUCUCUCUCUCAACCACCGCAGGAAAGAAAGAUGCAGAGAGACGAGUCAGCUCUGAACACAUACAACUACGGGGACGCGUAUUACUGGGAUGCGCGUUACAUCCAAGAAGCCUCCGCUGGUGGAGCUUUCGACUGGUACCAGCGUUACUCUGCUCUCCGUCCUUUUGUUCGUAAAUUCAUCCCCACUUCUUCUCGUAUACUCAUGGUUGGCUGUGGCAAUGCUGUUAUGUCAGAGGACAUGGUUAAGGAUGGAUAUGAAGACAUAAUGAAUGUGGACAUUUCUUCAGUGGCCAUUGAUUUGAUGAGAAGGAAAUACGAGCAUAUCCCUCAGUUGAAAUACAUGCAAAUGGAUGUUAAGGAUAUGAGCUUCUUCCCUGAUGAAUCAUAUGACAGUGUCAUUGAUAAAGGGACUCUUGAUUCGCUAAUGUGUGGUACUGAUGCUCCAAUCAGCGCGGCACAAAUGUUGGGGGAAGUGAGCAGGCUUCUUAAACCUGGAGGAGUUUAUAUGCUGAUAACAUAUGGUGAUCCUAAAGUAAGGGUUCCUCAUUUGCGCCGACCAGUAUACAACUGGAAUAUAGAAUUGUACAUCAUACCUAGACCUGGAUUUCAAAAGCUGGGUGAUUGCCCAUCAUCUGCUAAAUCUUUCCUAGAACCUGUGCCUACAAAUGAAGAUGGCACACUUCAUGCAAGUUAUGUAUUGGAAGAUCCAGAUUCGCACUUUAUAUAUAUUUGUAAAAAGGCAGACGAAACAUCUUGUAUUAGCAAUGUUCCCGACGGCUAAUAAUUUAUGGUAAAGUUGCUUGAUCAACUACUAUUAGCUGGUUCACUUGUCUCCAGGUUCUUCAGUGUGCCCCAAGUUAUACUUGCUUUCGUCGCAGCUUUUACUUGGUAUGCUAUGUUGUUGAUUAAAAGAAAAUACCAGGACUUGUGGAACUUUUAGUUAGCAUCUUGGAUUCAUGUUUGUAACAUUGUUGUAUUAAGAAAGGCAGAUUACAUGUA